CUCCCAAAAUCAUCUGUGGGGAGUUCAAAUUCUUCUUUGUCACCAUUGUCAUCUUCAUUGAAUUCAUUCUAUCAAAGUAUAGAUUCCAUACCUCUACUUUCAUCUUGUGUUGCCUUUAUUGCUUCUUUUUGCUUAUAUUUAGCAGGGAAAAUCUCACAAAUAUCUCACACAAAGGUGAUAUGAUAAGAUUUAGUAGCACAUUUUUGAAUUAGACAUUGUUUUAUGAAGAGCUAGAUUGUUAGUCCCCUUGUUCUAAAGAUUUGAGAGAUCUAGGAAAUGGCUCUUCUACCAUCGUUGACCCAAUCAUGGCAAGAGAUACACAAAAUACCCUUCACUCCACUCCUCUCACUUAUUUUUCUCAUAUCUUUUCUUUAUGUUUUCAAGCAUAUUAGAAGUGGCAAAUCCAAUUUACCUCCAUCCCCACCAAAACUACCGAUCAUCGGCAACCUACACCAGCUUGGUGCACUCCCACACCGCUCUCUUCAAGUCCUUUCUAAGAAGUAUGGCUCUCUAAUGUUCUUACACUUGGGCAAUGCCCCAACCCUUGUUGUCUCGUCUGCAGAUAUGGCCAGAGAAAUUAUGAAAACACAUGAUGUCAUUUUCUCAAAUCGGCCCAAAACCACAGCUGCUAAUAUCUUAUUCUAUGGGUGCCAAGACGUAGCAUUCUCACCCUAUGGUGAGUAUUGGAGACAAGCUAAGAAAAUUAGUGUCCUCGAACUUUUGAGCCUCAAAAGUGUGCAAUCGUUCCAGUAUGUAAGGGAAGAAGAAGUUGAAGCAUUGAUCAACAAGAUACGUCGCUCAUGUCUCAAAGGGGUUUCUGUUAAUCUGAGUGAGAUGUUGAUUGCAACCUCGAACAACAUAGCCUCUAGAUGUCUACUUGGACAGAAGUUUGAAGAAGAAAAUGGUAAAAGCAGAUUCGGACAACUAUCAAGAAGAUUAAUGGUGCUAUUUGUAGCGUUCUGUUUUGGAGAUUUUUUUCCUUCUUUGGGAUGGAUUGAUGUUCUUACGGGAUUAAUUCCUAGUUUGAAAGCCACAUUUAGAGAAUUAGAUACUUUUUUUGAUCAAGUCAUUGAAGAACAUGAGACAAAGAAAAGUGAUGACUACCGGCCUAAUAAGCUUGAUUUUGUGGAUAUUCUCCUUCGACUUCAAAAGAAUAGCAUGCUCGACUUUGAGCUCACCAAAGACAACCUCAAAGCAAUUCUAAUAGAUAUGUUUGUAGGAGGAACUGAUACUUCUUCAACAAUUUUGGAAUGGUCAAUGGCAGAACUUGUAAAAAAUCCAAGUAUCAUGAAGAGGGCUCAAGAAGAGGUGAGAAAAGUGGUGAACAAGAAGUCAAAAAUAGACGUGAAUGACAUCAAGAAAAUGGAUUACUUGAAGUGUAUCCUCAAAGAAACUCUAAGACUACAUCCACCACUUCCUCUUUCGGUACCUCGGGAAACAAUAACAAGUGUGAAAAUUGGAGGUUAUGAUAUUCCGGCAAAAACAAAAGUAUUUGUUAAUACAUGGGCGAUUCAAAGGGACCCUAAAGUAUGGGAGAGGCCAGAAGAGUUCAUUCCGGAGAGAUUCGAAGAUAGCCCGAUGGACUACAAAGGCCAAGACUUUGAAUUCAUCCCAUUUGGUGGUGGGAGAAGGGGAUGCCCAGGAAUGACAUUUGGUGUUGCUGUAGUUGAAAAUGUGGUUGCAAAUCUAUUGUGUUGGUAUGAUUGGAAGUUGCUGGGGGAGGACUUGGACAUGACUGAAGUUAACGCUCUCACUACGUCGAAGAAAAUUCCUCUUCAUCUUGUUCCAACACUGCACUCUCCUUCACCUAUGCAUUAAGAGAUUCAUGGUUUUUACUUCAUUCUCUUGUUUUCUUUUAGAAUCUGCUAUUUUGCCUUUAUGAAAUUAGUGUAAGGUGAUUUCAACGUCGAUAAUAAGAGAAGCUUCAAUGCUAAUUGAAACUUU